AAUCACGGCGGACAUUCGUCAUAAAAUACAUACAAACGCUUUCGAGCAGCAGCUUCGCGAGAGCUGCCCGAGAUUAAUCUUACACGUUGUGAAAGUUGUCAGCAAACACAAUGGAAACGUAUGAGAGCGUCCUGCUAGUGAAAUCUGAGGUUUUCGUCUUCAAAAUUCCGCCAAGGUCAACCAACAGGGGUUAUCGGGCAGCUGACUGGAACUUGCAGGAACCUUCGUGGACUGGUCGCAUGCGAUUGGUAUCGCAAGGAGACAGCAUAACGAUAAAGCUCGAGGACAAAGUUACAGGCGAACUGUUUGCAAAAUGUCCGAUCGAGCAGUAUCCUGGAAUAGCUGUAGAAACUGUCACUGACUCCUCUCGAUAUUUUGUCCUGAGAGUUCAAGAUGACGAUGGACGGUCAGCUUUCAUAGGUGUUGGUUUCUUAGAUAGAUCUGAUAGUUUUGACUUGAACGUCGCUCUUCAAGAUCACUUCAAAUGGUUGAAGAAUCGGGAACAAAUUGAAAAGGAAAAAGAAAAACCAAAGCAGGAACUCGAUCUCAGGUUCAAGGAAGGCGAAACCAUCAAGAUUAAUAUGAAGAUCACUAAAAAGGAUGGCAGUGAGGUUUCAUCCAGAGCAAGACAGCGUACCAAUCCAGCCAUGGGUUUGCCACCUCCACCUGGUGGUGUGAAAAUCGCACCGCCACCAGCGAAAACUCCAACUUCCUCGCCAGCACACAAGCCACAAAAUCAGAGUCAAGGUACUACGGGUUCAGAAUGGGGCGAGUUUGCCAGUGCCUCUCAGGCAGCGUCGGCACCCACACCCCCAGUGGCUAAUGCCAGUUGGGUGCAAUUUUAAUUUUCCAAACAUAUGUAUAUAACGUAAUAUAUGUAAUAUAUACAUAGCAACAUUCGAAAUAGCCGUGCUAUAAGAAUUUAGGUUAUAAUACAUACAGGGCAGUUUGCUCAUAAGAUACUGUUGGAUUAUUGUUACUGUCAAGUGGACUACCCUGUACCGUAAUUCUAUGUUAAAUGUGUGCAUACAUGUAUCUUAAACGCGCGCGCACAGCUCGGGACUUUAAUGAUGAAUAUCGGAAGGGUGUCUUUGUGAAUAUAGCAGAGAAAGGUUUGAUGUAUAUUUCCAAUACUAUACAGUGCGUGACGAAAAUUAUAGUAGCAACGGCGAAAGGGGUGAUAUUUUUUCAUGAAAGAUAAUGGCUCACGCAUACUCGCGAGACUCUCAGAGAGUUUUCCAAACUUAAUUUUUCUUUUUCUCCAUGAAAAAGUAUUCCUUCCCGAUUGUUCUGUGAUUCUCUAGCAACCUGUAUAAUAGUAUUGUACUUAUAAAUACCAUUUGAAAACUUUCUUAAUAUUGCUUUCUAUGGACAUCCAGUGUAUUUGAAUAGUAUAACAUGAUUUCUUUUGUAUAUUUAAAUGUCAACAUCAAAUGCAUUUAAUGCCUUGUACAGAUUAGUUCAACGAAUUGGAAGCAAAUUCAACGAAUCAAACAUGCCAUUUUUCAUUAGACAAUCAUCCGCUGUUAAUGCAAUAUUAUGCAUAAAGGGAUCCUUAAAUACUUCCACAUUAAUAUGGUUUGCAAAAGUUAAAUGAUUAUAUAUAAAGCAGAGAAUAAUCUUUGAAUUAAAACCAAAGUUUAAGUAAAUUAUUUACUUCAAAGAGUGAACAAUCGAACGACAUUCAAUGAUUUUCUGAUUAUUAAUCCACUGAUUAUUUGCAAAUAAUUUCUUAUAAAUUAUGCUUAAAAGCAUAAUAUAGAGUAUAUUUUCAGUGUAUAUUAAAUUGAUAUUUAGCCUUGGUAGCUCUAACAAUUUCAAUAUUUGUAAAUAUACACAGCCUACCAUAAAAAAAGACGGCCUAUUUCCCCUCCCAUACAUUGGGUGUCCAUAAAGUUCUUCAUUCAGUCUUAAUAUAAUCGAAUUCCCUCUCCGUAUAAACUGGGUUUUCAUAUAAAUUUUCACACUCAUUAAGAGAAAAAAAAUUAAGUUACUACUAUUUUAAAUAUUACAUCUU